AUGGAGACUUUACUGGCCCAUUCGUUCGACUAUCUUUCCUCGUACGAGCCAAGCAAGGUCCGCAAAGGCUUACGUCAGGUCGAGGGCCUUCUGGCGCAGAUAUGUUUGUCCAAGUCGAAACAGCCAGUGUCUGACAAACGGAGGUCGCUGUUGUCCUUCGGUGCUCCACAACCGCCCCCCAAGGCUCUGUCCGAGCUCAAGGACGAUCCCGCCUUCAGGGAGUUUUUCAAAUUGCAGGAGGGAUUUCAGUGGAAUGUCGCAAUGCGUCUGGUGACUUGUCUGGAGCAUCUCCUCGGUCGUGGGAGUAACGGCACCAACGAUCUCCUCAUCAUCUCGACCCUGGACCUGAUCCAAGGCGCGCUGCUGCUCCACCCGCCGUCGCGCACCCUCUUCGCCCGCGAAAUCUACAUGAACAUCCUCCUGGACCUGCUGGAUCCGAUCAAUUGCCCGGCCAUCCAAUCCGCCACUCUCCUCACCCUCGUGACCGCCCUCCUCGACCACCCCGCCAACACGCGCACCUUUGAAGAGCUGGACGGCCUGCUCACCGUGACCUCCUUGUUCAAGCAGCGCGCCACCUCCCGCGAAGUCAAGCUCAAACUGGUCGAGUUUCUGUACUUCUACCUCAUGCCCGAGACGCCCAUGACCGCGGUGAGCGCCCCCAAUACGGGACUGCAGCGGAGUCCCAGCAAGCUCGGGGGACCGGUGUCCAGGAGCGUCAAUGUGCCGGGCGGUCCCCAUGGCCCGAGGGGCAGUCGAGACACGCGGACGACGGAUGAGAAGCAGGCGCUCCUCGGGAGGUAUCUCAACAACGUGGAAGACCUGGUGGAGGAUCUCAAGGAAACGGCGCCCUUUGGCGCGACCGUCUAUUGA